UAGUUCGCGGUUAAAUGCCUCGUUGCAUUCGAUAGCAGUUGAUGGCAGUGCCGUAUAGUGUCGCAUGUGAUCGUAUAUCGCAUGAGUGCGUUUCAUUUCACCGAUAUCUUUUUGAAACUAUGAGUAUUUCCGUGAUAUGUGAGUGAUUCAGUGCCGACGCAUCUCGGCCUGGGAAAUCAUCGUGGGGUGAUAGCAUGAUGGUUGCGCGUGAAAGGACGUACGGGCAGCAAAAGCAACAGACACCUGUCUUCUGAAGAUGUAGGACGCUCGAUGUUCUCUCUUAUCAGGAACGUUUGUGUCAACAUUUACAGUUUCAUUUCUCAAAUAUCGCGCAUUGCUUUUACGAAGUCAUCACUACAAAUUUAAUUCGACUACAUCAUUUUUAAAUUUGUCCUCGAGAAGUAGGGGUUCUGAGGAGGUAUUAAAUAGCCUUGUAAAAUGGCUACAAAAACAGAUGAUGCAGCAUCCGUUGACAAUCCAAAUGAUGGAGAAAGUAUGGACAAGGAAAUAUUAACUCUUAGUAGUAAUGAUGAAAGGAAUCACCGUAUCCCACCAACAUAUAUGUAUAAUACAGGAUCUGAACAAAGUACUGGUAGCUUGGAUCAAGAACAAGGUGGAAUUAAUCGUAAUCAAGCUACUGAAGAUCAACUUGGACCUUUGCCACCAAAUUGGGAAAAAGCUUUUACAGAUACUGGAGAAGUGUAUUUUAUAGACCAUAAUACAGGAACAUCUCAUUGGCUGGAUCCAAGAUUGUCAAAAUUUCAAAAAAGAUCUUUAGAAGAAUGUUUAGAUGAUGAAUUACCAUAUGGAUGGGAAAAAAUAGAUGAUACUCUUUAUGGGACAUAUUUUAUUGAUCAUGUAAAUCGUAGGACACAAUAUGAAAAUCCGGUUCUGCAAGCAAAACGAGCACAACAGAAUUUAAUUGAUAGAAAGAGUCCAAAUUUUACAAGAAAUCCAGACAAAUUAAAGGGUCAAAGAAUAAGAACUACUUUGAUAAAAAGUGCGAGAGGGUUAGGUUUUACUAUAGUUGGUGGUGAUGAUACUGUGGAAGAAUUUCUUCAAAUAAAAAGUGUUGUACCAAAUGGUCCAGCAUGGUUGGAUGGGAAGCUGCAAACUGGUGAUGUAUUGGUAUAUGUAAAUAAUACAUGUGUCUUGGGAUUCACUCACAAUGAAAUGGUAAAUGUAUUUAAAUCAAUUGGGAGUGGUGAAACUGUUACAUUAGAAGUAUGUAGAGGUUAUCCAUUACCAUUUGAUCCGAAUGAUCCAAAUACUGAAGUUGUUACUACGAUAGCAGUUAAUGCACCAGAUGUUUUAACCGAAGAACCAAGCAUGUACAUGGAUUUGGGACCUCCUUUACAAUCAAAUUCACGUUUCAAUUUUCUAGAUUCUACAUUUUUGCCAGUACAUAAUUUGCAGAAUGGUGAAAAUCUUGCUACAACAUCUGUAAAUUCUAUGCCUGACCUUUGCAUUUCAGACAAAAUUAAUACAAUUAAGAGACCAAGUAGUACAGAUAUUCUUUUAUCAGAAAAUAGUGAAAUUAAUGAAUGUAAAGAUUCUCCUGUGUCUUCCAAAUCAGAAUUUCUAAGUAUUGCUAUAGUAAAAGGAGCAAUGGGAUUUGGUUUUACUAUAGCAGAUUCUGCGCAUGGUCAAAAAGUUAAGAAGAUAUUGGAUCGCCAACGUUGUAAGAAUUUGAUGGAAGGUGAUAUAUUGGUUAGUAUAAACGAUAUCAAUGUAAGAAAUAUGUGUCACUCAGAGGUUGUCCAAGUAUUAAAAGAUUGUCCACGCAAUGAAGAAGCUCUUGUUCACGUUCAAAGGACCACAAUAAAAUCUAAAGAAAAGAAGGAAAAGAACACUCAAGAUUUUUUCAGAAGUAAGACUCCUACUGCAGAUAUUUAUAGUACUCAAUCUAAAACAAUAAUACCUAGCAGACCAAAAACACCAUUAAUAGAUACAAGAAGUCAUCCUAAAUCUCCUACAGCAGCAAGUAGACCAAACUGGAAUGAAGUACAAAGUGAAAAUGAAUUGAAUCCACUUGAUACUCGAUAUAAAUAUUCUGAAUAUAGUCAUAGCAUGUAUUAUACUGAUCCAUAUAAAGCAAACAUUACGAACUUAACAGACAGCUUUGCUACCAUGACAAAUUUGGAUGAUGAAUCUGUAAGAAAUGUUACAAAACAUGAUUGGGUAACAAAUGAUAAACUGAAUAUAAAUAAUGACUUAUAUUCUAUUAACAUUUCUCAUCAUGAAAAUAUAUUAAAACAAAAUGGAAGUAUACAUUCCGAUUAUUAUAAAGAUUUAUACGCUGUUCAAUCGCAUUCCCAAUAUAAUGAAACAGAUUAUAAUGUUUAUUCAAUUGGUCAAGAACAAAAUGUUGACACUGGUGAAAUUUGGGAUAAGCGAAAGGAAACUACCAGCUUUGAACAUGAACAACCACAUUCCAGUUCUAUAGCACGGUAUCCACAAUAUAGUAAUGAAUUGGUUUGCCCAAUUGUACCUGAUAUAGAAUGGAUUGAGACACUUGUGACAUUAGUCAGACAAGAUACAGGGUUUGGAUUUAGAAUAGUAGGUGGUACAGAAGAGGGAUCUCAGCAGGUUUCUGUUGGUCAUAUUGUACCUGGUGGUGCAGCAGAUCUUGAUAACAGACUGAAUACGGGCGAUUUAAUUAUGUCUGUUGAUGGAGAAAGUGUAAUGAAUUCUUCACACCAUCAUGUAGUGCAAUUAAUGAUAGCUGCAGCUCAAAAUGGCAGAGUUACUUUGGGAAUACGUCGCCGUAUUAAUACUCAAGAACAUUUACAAGAUAAUCUCCAAGCUUCAAAUGAUAUAAUAAUACAUAGUAGACAAAUGAAUCUCCAAUAUCCUUAUGACGUGACAGUCACUAGAAUGGAAAAUGAAGGAUUUGGUUUUGUAAUUAUAUCGUCAGUUAAUAAAGCUGGCUCUACGAUUGGUAGAAUAAUUGAAGGAUCUCCGGCGGAACGAUGUGGGCGAUUAAAUGUUGGAGAUCAUAUAUUAGCUGUUAAUCACGUUGAUAUAACAAAUGUAUGUCAUAAAGAUAUCGUGAAUCUAAUCAAAGAUUCUGGAUAUUCUGUGACCUUAACAAUUGGUUAUCCUCUUGAUGAUUGUUGUAGCAGCACAUCUUUAUCUCAAAAGGAUGAACCAACAGGAGAAGGAGAUGGAGGUCAAUAUCAUGCUGUUGAAUUAACGCGUGGAACUCGAGGAUUUGGAUUUAGUAUACGUGGUGGACGCGAAUUUCAGAAUAUGCCACUAUUUGUGUUGCAAAUUGCUGAAAAUGGACCUGCAUCUAUCGAUAAUCGAUUGAGGGUUGGUGAUCAAAUAAUUGAAAUAAAUGGUAUCAAUACUAAAAAUAUGACACACACGGAAGCGAUUGAAAUUAUUCGUAAUGGUGGUCCUUCGGUUCGCCUGUUAGUACGACGUGGCUGUCAAAUGCCAUCAGUGAGUAAUCUCACACUCGACCAAAUAAGUAUUCGACCAAUUGGUGAGGGCACCCCACAAAGGCAUUUAUUGAAAUUAGACGAGAUGGGUGUGCACCCUAAAAAACAUCCGAAAGUUCGAUUUUCCAUUUUAUUGAACUGCUGUUCAUCUAAAAAGAGAUAUCUAUAGUAAGCAUUCUUGGUAUAAAUGUAAUUGAUACUUUAAAUGUUUAUACAAUAAGUAAAUAUUUAAUAACAAUAACACUGAGAAAUUUAUAAAAGAAAAUUCAGACUUAAAAAUCAUAGUCGAUAAUUACUAUACAUAUUUUUACUACAAUUGCAUACUUUUUGAAAUACAAUUUGAUACUUUUAACCACACAGUUAAGAUAAAGUGAUAUAUGCUACAGUAAAAAUGACAAAAGUUAUAAAAUGUGGUCUCAAAUUUACAUUUACCAAUAUUAGUUUUUGCCAAUAGGUAGUAUUUUAUGUGAAGAAUAACUUGAAAUUAAUGUAAAAUAUUCUAACUUUGUUCUAUAAAAAAAUAAUUUUCUCAUUGACAAAUCUUAUUUAAGAGAAAUUAGACUGUAAAGAUAAUAUUUAAAGUUUCCCUUUGUGGAUGUUUUUCUAUAAAUCUUGUUGUUUUUUAAUUAGAAUUUAUCAAGACACCAACAUAAGUGUGGCCUUGAUAAAGAACUCUUCAAAUGAACAUAAAGAUCUUUUAGUAUUUUCUACUAUUAUUUAGCUAUCUUUACGACCAUCUCAUGUCUUAAUAACAUUUAAAAGAUGAGUGGGAGUACUAUUUCCUUAAGUAUUUAUUACGACGUAUCUGAGGUGUAUAUGUAUGUCCAUUAAUAUUUAAGUGUUCGUACAACCAAAGAAGCAAAUGCUCUUAUCAAUCAUUUUCUUUUGACAUGCAGUUUAGAGUAUUGAUAUCAAUCGUUUAUUAAUUACAUUAUUUAAAGAGCUUUAGAUUAAAAAAUAGAAAGUUUCUGAAUGAGAGAUGAGAUUGAUUAAAAACUUUUUUACACCGGUUUCUUCCUAUCGUUUUGCGAUAAUUCAAAGAGUGAAUGUUUAAAACUACAAAAUAUAUAUUUUUUUACUAUCGAUUUA